CGGGACUGCAGAAUACCCGACCCGCUUGUCCGUUUGCGGGUUUCGUCUGAGUCGUAUCUGUGCGUUCCUUCCAGCCGGUGUGAAAACUCCGUUUUCCAGUCCGGAGAGGGCGUACCGUCGUGUCUUCACAGUUCCCCACGACUGCUCCCUGACAGCCGUCUCUCCGGAUCUCUGCUGCUUUUGCCUCUCCAAGCCCCCCGGUUUCGACUUUCUCCACGCAUCCACUCGCGCACUGAGCUCCCAAUCGCAUCCUCGGAUCUUGACUCUGCGCUGCGCACGCAGGCCGUCACUGACCGUCCUCUGUGCACACACCCGGCGCCACGAUGGCGGCCCGAGCAUCGGCUGACAAGCUCUCGACAGCCGGACAGGAUCCGGCAACCCCGGUCGCGCAGGUCGCUCCAGACACUUCCUCGAGCGCAGACGGCGGGCCUUCGAAUGGUGCGAGUGAACCUGGCAAAGUCGGCUCGCAGCCGGUCGCUGCGGGCGCCGAAGAGAAGGUGGCUGGACACGAUGGCGAGUCUCCGAGGCGCGACUCGCACCACUUGCGGAGGUUCUCGAGCAAACGCGAGUCGACCGUCGGGGGCAGCGGGACGGGGCACUCGCAGUUGGGCAAGUCGAUUUCUUCUGUCUCACAGAUGCACCGAGACGAGCACGCCCGCCUGCUUCCUGCCAGCAGCAGCAUGAGCUUAGCGCCAGGCAUGGGCUACGAAAACGUCGAGACCGAGGUCAUCGAUCGCCUCAGCAAAAGCCACGUCAGCCUCAAGGAGCUCGUCGAGACUGCUAGACAGAGCGACCCCGAAGCUUUCCGGAUGGCCGUCACUCUAACGGAACAGUCGCACCCGACCAGCGGGAAGAACCGAUUCGCUUCACUCCCCAUUGAGGAGCUCGCCAAGGAAUUCGGCUUGAAAGACAUGUCCACCGGCCUGACAGAAGAGCAGGUGCUGGAGAACCGACGGCGGUACGGUCCUAACGUCCUCGAAAAAGACAAGAGCGAACCAGUUUGGAAGAUUUUCAUUCAGCAGUUCCUGAGUCCGGUCGUUCUGCUCCUCCUCGUCGCGGCCAUUGCGUCCCUCGCUCUCCAAGAGUGGGUGGAAGGCGCAGCGAUCUUCAUCAUCGUCACGUUGAACGCGUCGCUCGCAACCUACAUGGAAAAGUCGGCGAGCAACGCGCUGGCGAAGCUGGCAAGCAUGGCGGCGCCAGGCUGUGUUGUCGUUCGCGAGGGGAAAGCUCAGACCGUCGGCGCAGUCGAUGUGGUCCCGGGAGACAUCGUGCUUCUGUCGACUGGGAACAGCGUCGCCGCCGACAUGCGCUGCAUCGAAUCGGUCGAACUGAAGACGAACGAGGCGCUGCUGACCGGCGAAAGCGAGGACAUCUCCAAGACGCUCCGCGCGAAGGACUACGACACCCCGUUCGCGACGAACUUGUGUUUCGCGUCGACGAUCGUGACGAACGGCAGCGGCCGGGGCCUGGUCUUCGCGACUGGCAUGGAGACCCAAGUCGGCCGCAUUGCGCAGCAACUCAAGAAGGCCGGUGAAGGCUCCAGGCUCACUCCCCUUCAACGUGGCCUGAAUCGACUGGGAGGCAUGAUUGGACUGAUCGCCAUCUGCGUCCUCAUCAUCGUCGUCGUCGUCGCCAUUCUUACGGGAUACAGAGACCCCGCACACCCCGACGCCGACCCCGUCUUCACUAUCGUCCUCGUGGCUGUCGGCUUUGCAGUCUCCUCGAUUCCAGAAGGACUGCCGAUGGUCGUCACGAUUUGCUUGUCUCUCGGCGCCAGAGACAUGGUGAAGCGAAAAGCGAAUGUGCGCAAGCUUCCCGCUGUCGAGACGCUGGGCUGCUGCUCUGUCAUUUGCAGUGACAAAACUGGAACUCUCACGGAAGGGAAGAUGACCGCCGUUCGUCUGGUGACUGUGUGCCGGAACGGAAAGGUUGUCGAUGCCGACGGCCUGACGAAAAGCUUCGGUUUCUACCCCACCAAGGGCUUCGAUCCCAACGGAGGCAUCUUCGACUACAACGCUCUCGACGAAAAAACGAAAAGCAACCUGAUGCUGCAGUACCGGGACGGAGCCUUCCAGGACUUCGACGCCGUUUGCUACAAUUACGGAAAUCCAGCGAACAAAGACCCCACCACGAAACUGGUGCGCUCUGUCAUGCUCUCGGGGUACUUGAAUUCGCAUGCAACGACUCUCUCGCGCGACCCAGACACCAAUCGGUGGCUAGCCAAAGGCAACAUGAGCGAAGGCGCCAUUGUGGUGGGGGCGGCGAAGGCGCGUUUCGGAGAGACGGUGGCCGGACAAGAGAUGUGCGGCAUGCACGACGCGAAGGCGGACUUUCCUCGCGUCCAGGAGUUGGAAGUUCCCUUCAACUCGUCGAGAAAAAUGAUGAUGACUGUUCAUCAGUUGCCCGCCGUGAACUACUUCGGAGACAUCUGCCUCAACAACACAACAGGAACGAAGUACACGCACUGCGCCAUCGUCAAGGGAGCACCCGACCGAGUUCUGCAACACGUUCGCUACACCGUCAGAGAGGGGAUCUCCGGACCUUCUGUCGAGUGGGAGAAGCAAAUGACGCCCGAGGAAAUCAUGAAAGUCGAGGCUGUCAACCUCGAACUGUCUGAACAGGCUCUUCGUGUCCUCGCCCUCACGUUCCGUCCUCUCACGGAUGCAGAUGUCGCAGCUCUUCGGAGACAAGCAGGCGCCGACGAGAGACUCAAGUUUGCUCUGGGAGAGACGCGCGAGGAACUUGUUCUGCUCGGCGUCAUCGGCUCCGUGGAUCCGCCGCGUGUAGGAGUGCGAGAGGCGAUCGACCGCUGUGGAGAAGCAGGAAUUCGUGUGAUCAUGAUCACAGGUGACCAGCGACCGACAGCUGUCGCCAUUGCGAAAGACAUCGGUCUUCUUACCUCGCAGGACGAUCCAGAACAACAAAGCAUCCAGUGCUCGGGUCUCCAUGUUGACGAUGACCCAAUGAACGAGCACCUCCCCGAAGAAGAACUCGAUGAAAUCAUCGCCAGAGUGAAGGUUUUCUCGCGCGCGCAGCCGGAGGACAAAAUUGCGAUCGUCGAGGCGCUGAAACGCCAGGGGCACACCGUGGCGAUGACUGGCGACGGCGUGAACGACGCGCCUGCGCUGAAGGCCGCAGACAUCGGCGUCGCCAUGGGCAUUGCUGGCACCGACGUCGCGAAAGGCGCCAGCGAAAUGGUUCUGCUCGACGACAACUUCGUGACGAUCGUCGCGGCGGUCGAGGAGGGCCGGAAGAUUUACUCGAACAUCCAGAAAUUCGUUUGCUUCCUCCUCGGCACGAACAUCGGCGAGAUCAUCUACCUGACAAUCGCAAUCGCAGCCUCGAUGCCGCUUCCCUUGGAGGCCCUCCAGGUGCUCUUCCUCAAUCUCAUGAGCGACGGCUGCCCAGCCGUCGCUCUCGCCAAAGAACCAUCGGACGACGAAAAUAUGAAGAUUCCCCCGCGGCCCCGCAAGCAGCCGAUCAUGACGCGAGACUGGUGGCUGUACGGCAAUCUUCCGCAUACGAUCUUCGAGGCUGGCUGCGUUCUCAUGUCGCUUGCCUUGGGUCUUUACCUCUGCACUGGCGUUGUCCAACUUAAUCCUCUCCAUGAACAGUGUUCCUACUUCACCGCCACGCAGCUGUCACACAACAAAGACAUCGACUACCGGUACUUCUGUCGAUCCUUUGAGUACCGAGUCACGCAAGACUACACUGGCUGGGUGACCCACAUCGAUUUUUGGAAUCCCAAAACCGGCAAAAUGGAGCAGGUGCUGGGAGCGUUGGCUGGAAAACACCCCAACGUGACUGUGGAGACGCCAGGUCUUGCAAAGUACAUUGUGGAGGCGAUGUCAGACGGAUGCCCAGAAGGUGUCGAUACCGACUCGGAAACUGGGUUCUGCAUGCCCAAGGCAGGCACAAAAGUUUCAUCUGCGACCGAUACGCCGAAAGGAUCAGCCCCCAAAGACUAUUUUGACGUCUCUGCUCGCGGCGCCAAGAUGGGCAGAACUUGCUCCUUCAUCACUGCCGUCUGGUGUGAAAUGCUCCGAGCAUACACGGUCCGGACUUGGCAGUGGUUCUUCCUCGUCUUCAACCGAAAUCCUUGGAUGCACUUAGCAUGCAGCAUUUCCGCGACCCUGACGUCUCUCCUGACGAUCGUUCCGGGCAUUCAAAGCGCCUUCUCCACUUGCGCGUUGCCCUGGUACCUCUACCUAUUUGCCAUCGGCUGCGGGUUCGUCAACCUCAUCCUCGACGAGUUGAUCCCCAAGCCCCUGUACAGACUCAAGAAGGCCCGCGAGGCGAGAGCAGCUCUGACUUCCAAAGCGCCGGCGAUUAUGGCCUAGAUGAAAAGAACACAGCUCCCUAAAAAGGAAUCUUCUAGUCUCUGCCAGGGCCUUCAGUCGGUUCUGCACGCAUUCGGGGUUUCUUUCGACUCUUACCCAGCGAAAAGGAGUUGAGUUGUCUGCAUGUGCCCGCGCAUGCGCCUGCUGUUCGGCUGGAGACGGCUGCGAGAGAGACACUGAGAAGCCAGAAGAGCAGGACUGGCUUCUUCACAGAAGUUUUUACAUUUGCUGUUCCAGAAGGGAACAGAGGGGGUUGGAGUGUGGCCAAUCUACCUUGGCGGCGCGGAGGUCGUUUCUCACGAACUAAACCUCUUAUUGCCAGGUCUUCGUAGUGAAGUGGUUUGGCUGCGGAUGCUGGGCGGAGGUGAGGGGUUGCGAGCAUGCAAAGGAGAUGUCGAGGCUGGUGUUGAAGGGAAAAAAGAUUGUGCGGAAUGGCUGCGAGGCGUUUCUGCAGUGCCUGGGACAGACGAUGUCGUAGAAGCGAAGGCGCGAUGGAAUUCACGGCAAGAAGGGUACCGAAAAAAGUUUUCCAGGUUUCUUGUAACUAGUAAAGUUUAUUGUUCUUCGAGAGAAUGGAGAAAAUGCCUUCACGGUGUUGUCAGUUGCGCCAUAUCCCGUCUUCCCGCGACCCCGCACACGCGCCCCCGGUGUAUGUACACCGGACACAGAAGUUGACCUACGGCGUCGUUUUCGGGGUUUUCAACCGUGAUUCCAUUGCAUUUUAACCGAAUUCAAAUCCGAACUGCAGUGCCACUCUUUUUUUCCUCCGACCUCAAGUGUGGCAUAUUUUGCGUUCUCCUUUUUCAAGUUUCUAGGAGAAGUCGUCUCAGAGAGCUCUAGGCAUCGCGUCGGCGCCCGGGUAGGCGCGAGCAGGCGCUAGACCUUCCAGAGUUACCUGUUUCGGUUGUCAUACGCCUCUGGCGAAAAACGGAAGAUCUGAAUGCGGGUUGAAAAGUGUAUUUUUCUUCGGUUUCGUAAAGAUCUCGAGUCUCGUUGUUGAACAAGAGCCGAAACAGUUCUGGCGAAUCACUAGUUUAGGCGAGUGCCGCUCUUCCUCGCAGGCGCCACUGUUUUGACUCGCUUCUCUGUUUUCCCAUGGACGCACUUGGCGGUUGCUUGGGUGUCGAAACAGUCCUAAGGGGUCCAGUAACGCUACGUUCGGUGUGUGUCUCUUUCCACUUUUCUCGCCGUAGAACGCCGCCUUUUGCCUCGGAGGGUGGCCGGCAAAAGGACCGCUGUUUGGAGUUUUCUUGCUUCACGCAGAUCCGCAAGGGGCUGAGUUGAUGAGAGGCCUCCAGUACGCCUGCGUGGAAACAAAGUCAUUGCAAGCCUUGUUGAGAAGAAACUCUCGCGUUUCGCGUAGGUGGGAAAGAGAGAGAGGUCGCGAGAAAGGGGCGAAGGGAAAGAGAGUGCAUGCAAACACCAAAGGAAAGUGAAAAGACUGAAAAGGCGCAGAGUUCCGCGUGCGGAGGUGGAAAAGAGAAGGAAAAUGUGUCGCUUCCAUGUGUGAACGGGAACCGAGUCCACGACUGUCGUUCCCUUAGCAGUUUUCCGGGAUAAUCGCAAGACAAAGAUAUUUUCAGAAUUCCGCAGAAGGGCGGAAAAGGGGAAGAUCGAGGAAGUUUGAAGACAAGUGGGUCGACUGCGCUGGAGACUGCAUCGGUCCGGAGUUCUGUUGUUUUUCGUUGUUACACCUGUUCUCCGUUUUGUACAAGGACGGAAUUAUCGUGUGUAUUUUUCGUGUUGAUUUGUGUGUGCUUUUGUGUCUCGCGUGGUCUACUUCGACGCGCAGACGUCGCGUGCUUAUACGGCUCUCGAGGGUGCCAGAAGCACCCGCUGAUUCACUCCUUUUCAGGGUCUCGUUUCUGUUCUCACCCCAACACGAGAGGCCGGUUUGAAUUGUGCGCCUAGUGGGUGUCUAUGUGAGGACUGCAUACCAAACGCUACUCUUCGUAUUUACUUUCCUGGCAAAAACAAUGAAAAAAUGUCUGCUGUUGAUCCCUUGUUUCAGCAAACUCCGGUCGUGGGAAUCACGAAGUCUCUACCCACGCUAGCUUCCGAGCCUGGCGAGUACUGAGUGGCCCAGGGUUGAACAGUAUGUGCAGAG